UACUACAGCAGUCGACGGCGAACGGUCGUUUACGCUCACAAAGCGAUGCGAUAUUUCGUGAAAAUAAAUCGUUGUUUUAAAUGCAAUUUAAAUAUAAGUGAAAAUUUUAACUGAAAAUAAUAGUAUGAAGAUAAAAUUAAAAUUUCAAAACAUUAGAUGAAUAGAAUUCAGCUUUUAUAAUAAAUUUAACUAAGAAAUUUAAGUAAAGAUUAGUUAACAAAAGUUUUAGUGAUUUGUGUAAAUGUGUAUUGUGAUUUGGAUGGAGUUCGUGUAGUACGAUUAAAUUAAAUGAAGCAAGGCACAUACAGCGGAUUUGAUGCCAUCAGCGAAUAAGGAUUGACCCACCGGUACACCAGACGCAAUUCCAAAUGGAUAACAAGAAAAAUUUACCAGCGACUCAACAGCCGCUGACUCAGCAGCACAUAAUGGCUCAUCAUGUCCAUCCCGACCAAAUAUAUUCACAUCAGCAAAUGUCUAAUCACAUAACAUCAAACCAACCAAUACAAAAUCAACCAAAUGGUGUGAUACAUCAACAACAGAUUAUACAAAAUCAGUAUCAUGCAAAUAUGACUGCUCGUUCUCCACUUUUAGAAAAUAGACAUGAACUGUAUGGUACUAGUCAUAAUCACGAAUACGCAAGACAUUACGGAGCAAACGACAAUUAUAACUACCAGCAACAACAACAGUCACCCAUCACAGAAAGAACUGAACAAGUGAUACACACUGAUCAUAAUGUAAACCAUGAUAUUAUGCACAAUAUUCCCAAAGGAUACAAUGCGGAAGUUUAUCAAGACUACAUGAAACGUAACCCACCGAAAGAUAAUAACCAAAUAUAUCAAAAUCAUCAACCUACGUAUAGGCCAAAUAUGAACCAGUAUGGUUCUAAACCUUAUUUACCAUAUUCAAAUAGAAUAGGACCUCAAAGUAAUACUGAGUUAUUAAGAAGGCAAUAUAAUGAAAUACAACAAAUGAAAAUGCAGCAACAAUUACAUUAUCAGAAUCAAGCACAAAUGCAUCAACAGCAAAAGUUCGCCGAGCGACAACUUUUGCUACAACAAAUACAUGGCGUACAGCCACCACCAAAUUUACAGAAUAGUAUAUAUUCAGACGGUUCCUAUCGCGAUGUUGAUAGCAGAUAUGGCAGUAGAAACGAUUUUAAAGAUUAUUCUGGUGACAUUCAUAAGGAGGUCGAUAAAUAUGCUAAAAACAAUGAAUAUAGGGAGAUGGAAAAGCAAAAUAAACAGUACCAAGAAUCGCAAUGGACGCACAUCAAUCAAGAGUCUGGAUUUCGAGAAACAGAACGCUAUCGAAAUCAACACGAUGAGGAGAAACACAAGCAUAGAUCACCGCCAACAGAUUUUAAUAACCAAUUACUAAAAAAUAAUUCUGGCGCAAUGUCACCGAUGAAAUCAAGUGAGUCAAGUACGCCUAGUAUCAAAUCGCCAUCUUCUGAGAGUCGAAGAAGUAGUAGCGGUCAAGCGUUGCGUUCCCCCACUGCGCAAAGGAUUCCUUCAGCACCAGUCACAAUGUCAGGCAUGUUGUAUAAGCAAGGUUCUGAUGGUCUGAAGGUUUGGAGGAAAAGAUGGUUCGUGCUUUCGGAAUAUUGCCUGUUUUAUUAUAAAAGCCAGGAUGAAGAAAAAUUACUAGGAUCCGUUCUAUUACCCUCUUACAAGGUGUCAGCUUGUACAAGCGAGGAUAAAGUAAUGAGGAAGUUUGCUUUUAAAUUAGAACAUGCAAAUAUGCGGACGUACGUGUUAGCAGCAUUGGAUCAGGAGUCUAUGUUGAAAUGGGUUAAAGCACUUACAAUGGCUGCGCUUAUGCAAAAUUAUAUCGAUCCACAGCAGAUUAACGACAGAACAACUGUAAAAACAGAGGACGAUGAUGAGGUCCCUGGUCCAACAUAUGCUAACGCACCUCCGAAGCCGCGUCGUUCAAAUGAUGGAUACAAUUCACCUGGAUCAGAUAUAUAUGAUCCAAACUAUGAUCUAUUGAAGAAACCGGAUUCACAAUAUAACCAGAGUGGAAAUCACGGUCAAUACCAUAACCAUGCUAAUUACGCAAACAAAAUUAGUCCAGAAUCCUAUGUUCGUAGUUCACAAUCACCACCUAUGCAACAUUCUUCAUACCAAGCAAAGAGACAUAAUGAAAGUCAAGUUACACCAACGACUUCACAUAAUACGGAUAGAUUGAAUAGAAAUCAAGAUCACUCAAUUUAUAAAUAUAACCCACAGUCGCCUUCUUUCGAAAGACCUGUGAAUCAACAGCAACAGCCAGAUGAGGCCAUUUAUAAUCAACAAACGCAGAACAAUCCCUUUUUACAAAAUUAUUCUGGACAAGAAACAAGAAGUAAGAAUACCGAAAUGCAAAAUAAUCCAUCUACUUCAGAGCAAAAGAAAUCUAAUGCAGUAUAUGAAGAGAGUUAUCCCGAAUCAAGGGUUAAUUCCAAAACCUACGAUAACAAUGCUUACACGCGUGAUGUUUAUGGCGAAUUAAAUGCUAUUAGAUCGGUCAACUCAACCAGUGGAGUUAAUGACCGAAUUAUGGAGAGACGAACGCCUGAUGCAUAUGGACGGUCUACUUCUUUGUCAAAUUAUAAAGGUAAAAUGGGGGAUUACGAAGAUGUUUAUUCUUCAUAUUUAAAUGAAAGCACGUCAAAAUCACCUAACGCGCCACAACAACGGGAUAACAUCAGCCUGUCGAGUCAAAAGCAAUCGAUCAAAUCAAACCCGCCCCAAGAAAAAGUAUUUAGUGGACCCUCUGUAUUGCGCAGAAAGAAAAUGCAAGCUAGCGGCAUUCAACCACCCAUGCCGCGACCUCACAGUGCUGAUUUUCUAGAAUAUGAGUCUAAAAACGAAUCUCUAAAUAAAACGAUGCCAGCUCGAAAUGUUUCUGAUAUGCCUAAACAUCCACAAAGGCCUAAAUCAAGUCUCGAUAUUAAUUCUUAUUAUGACCCCAGUUCAGAUACCUAUUAUUCAGAAGAAAAAUAUGCUGAAAAGAUGCGCCAGUCAGCGCAAUAUUUACAACAGCAAGGUCUGGCACCAAGAAAUAUUCAAAUACCUUUGGCAAAAUAUGCGAGCGGCUUGGCCGAGAAACAACUAAAUUCUCCAUAUGCCCAUUCAACGAACAAUAACUACGAAACGGAAUUUAGUGUAAGACAAAACCGUGAUAACAUAAGCUAUAACUCGAAAUACAGUGAUUUGGAAGGUCUAAACUCCAAUUGGAUGUUGAAAGAAAAAGAAUUGGAAAACCAAAAAGAGUACAUGAAUCGAAGUGGAAGCGUAAUGAGCGAUGGUUCAAAUGCAAGUUAUCUAAAGGAAGCAAACAGGAUUGAUCCAAAUACAGAUGGCUUUAUAAGAUCGGCGAGUGCGAGGUUGCCAUCUACAGAACGUGAAGGAGAGAAAAAAGUUCAACAGCGAGAGGAAUCAAUGAAAAGAUUAUUAGAAUGGAAACAGAGAAUGCUACAAUCUCCAUUAACUAGGAAGAGUACACCGGCAACUAUAUCGUUGGCGAGGUCUUUAAAUCAAAGUCGUCAAUCAUUAAGAUCUGAUCAAUACAAACCUAAAACAUAUGCAAAUACUUCUUACAACAGCUAUUCUUCUGAUGAUGAAGAGGACACACCUGGAACUGAUCUGCAAAACUCAAGUGAUAUGCAGGCAGGAAGGUCUUACAUAGAGGGCAUAAGAAGUCCUUCAAUAUCACAACCAAUAUCCCCGCACGCGCCUAGUACAACUCAAUCUGCUGAUAAAAAAGGCAAGGAGAAUAUUAACACGUCAUAUCUUGAUAAUGCAUAUGAAAAUGUGUCGCUUGAAGGAAGUUCCUCUAAUAUAACUAAGAACGAUUCUAAUGAAGACAAUAUAUAUGAAGACCAUAUUCCUGAAAAUUUUGAAGAAAAGGAGGGCAUUCAACCGAUAGUAAAAAAUGAUGGAUAUGAAACGCAUGAUAGCGAAUCAGAAUCUGAAGCUCAAGUUGAAUACACAGACAACGAUUUAGAUGAGGUUUUAUUGGAAUCAGACGCUGACGAAAAAUAUUCUAACAAUAACACCUCGUGUGAAAAUGAAUUACAAAACAUAAACAAUAAAAAUUCUGAUGAUAAUCAGUCAGAAACUCCGCCAAUGCGAACUUCUGGUGAAGAUCACUAUUUACCAAUGAGUCCAAGGAAGUUAUCUUCAAUAGAACCUGUCCAUAAAAUGAUUAUGGAAAAUUUAAGUGUUUUUGAUCAAUCUAUGCCGCCCAUGUACGAAGAUAAUCCUUACGUUGAAAUGAAUUUAGGUGUUGACGAUGAUGAUAUGCAAACUUAUGAAAUAGUUUGUGUAAAUAAUGGACAAGUUGAACCAGUUUAUAUGGAAUUGAGUAACGUUAGAUUGGAUGAAAAAUCUUCAGAAGAUAUAAAUACAAAAUUUAGUCAUAUGAACGAUGCAGCUUCAAAUUUUGCAGAUACAAAGGAUCCGACACUUAGACGCGUCUCAAAAUCUGAUAAAUACAGAGAAAAAGCUGAUAGUUCAGAUGCAGAUGAUGAAUGUUCAAAGGAUGUGUCACUUGAUGCUCCAUGCAGUAGGUUUAGUAUAUCUGAUACUUUUAGACCAGCUUCUUAUUAUUUAAGUGGCAGUACAACAAUUUUGAGCCGUCAAGAUAGCUCUGAUGGUGAAAUUUUACCACCUCCACCAAUUCCAAGUUCAUCUCCGCCUUGUGAUGAGCUUUCCGACGAAGCUUUAUCUCGUUAUGUAUUAGACAAGCUUGAUAAAUCAGACAUAUCUCAGGAUAAUUCUAUCUUAAAAAUGUUAACAAAUGAAAAACAGAAUAUGAAUAAGAUGAAAAGAAAAGCAACAUCUUUAAUGAUAUAUGGUAGCCGUACAUCUAUACAUGAUACUCUAACAAGAGGUGAAAAAGUGCGUCACAAUAGAGCGAGCUUGACAAAUGAUAGAAAUAAAGUAAACGAAGAUGAUAAAACUACCAUUAAUUUAUUAAAUAGGUCUUUACUGGAUUUGAAACGUAAUUCUUCUGAUUACAUAGACUCUGAUUCUUUUAGAAGUUGUAUUAUUGAAAAAGGUUUAUCUAGACUAUCGUUGGAUUCCGACGUGAGUAGUAAAUUUGAAGUAACACCAUCAAAUGUUUCAUCAGAAAUUACAAGCUUAAUAGACGAAGAGUCUAUUUUAGAAUUACGCCAUUCGGAUACGUAUGACGAAUCCCAUUUUGAUAAAAUAAGACCCCUCUCCGACAACUCAUUGUAUAAUAAAAUAUCAAUUGAAAAUGUGUUCAAUGAGCCAAGUACAAGCACUUCCAGGGAUUUCUUGGUAUCAUCUCCUGUAAUUGAUGAAAACGAAAUGAGUUUAAAUUUGAAUUCAGUAACUUCUUUACCUAAUAAUGCGACUGGCACAUCACUUUGUUCACACAGUCGCUCCUCUAGUACCCCAAUAAGUUAUAGUACAUGCAGCACUAGUUACAUUAAGUCACCAAAUCAAAUCGUGGAGUCGAAACGUUUAGCAGCACAAUACAAAAGUAUUGCUGAACAUGCUUCUGGAUAUAUAGGUUCGCAAAGUUCUUGUAGUUCUGUAGGAAUUUCUAACUCACCGAUAUCGUUUUACACAAAAAAUUAUAAAGGAGAGACAUUGCUUCGAAAGAAUUUAAACAAAAACAACAUUGCCGAUAAAGUAAAGGAGUUUGAAACAGAGAAGAUAAAUAUUAAAGACGAAAGCAAUGCAUCAUCAUUAUCCACUGGAUUUCAUAGUAGGGAGAGUUCUACUGAGCAUGGGGCUCCAUAUUAUUAUUCUGAUCUAUCAUCUCAAGAACAUAUUAAUGUUCUUCCAACAUCUCAUUACUUGAAGAAUACUAAUAUACAUCGAAAGUUAAAUAAUCAACGCCGACGUGGUCCUUUUCAUAAAAAGAAUGAAAUAUCACAUAUUCAUAAUCCUAUUCAUAGUAACAAUACUGCUUUUAGAUCAAAUAACUCAUUUGAAUUAGCAGCUGCAAGAAGCGUAUCAGUUGAGUUUCUUAGUGCAACGGAAAAAGAUACAGAAAUUGACUUAAAGAAUAUAUAUGAAUCAACUAGUCAUAAACAGUCAAAAAUACCUGAAUCAAUAAAUUUAUUACCCGGUCUAGUUUGCAAAAGAAGUAUUAAUAAUAACUUGGACAAAAGUCAAUUAGAUAAUGAAAAUUUUCAAAGUCGUGGUUACGGGAAUGAAAGAGUAUCUACUGGAAGCAUGUCUUCACACUGUAGCGAAAAUUCAUCAAAUACAGUUUAUUAUGACGCUGAAGCUGAAGCAACUACAUAUGAAAAUAUUUGUGUAGGAGAAAAACAUUGGGAUGAAGAUAAUUUGUGGAGGGACAAUUUAAGGAGAGUUUCACAUCGACACGCUCGUUCAAUGGAUGAUUUAGAUGCUAUGCCAGAUUCUGUUCAUUUAAAUGUCGAUCCAAGAAACUUAAAUAGUAUAAAACGUGUCAAGAAAAACGAGACUAAAAAGGUAAACAGAAAUGUUACUUACGUUAACUGUGAUAUUCAAGCUCAACUCUUAAGAAACAAAAGUAAUGCAGAACUGCGCAGUGUUGAUAAUGAGGAAAAAAUACCAGACGACAAUGAUGUUUACGUGAGCCUAGCAAAUGAGUUUGACUUAGGAAAUGAGCAGUCGGAUGAGGGUGUUUACGAACAAUUGACAAUUGAUUCUGCAGAAAAUUCGUUGACUGUAAAAGAUAAAUCAAGCGAUUCCAACAAAAGUCAAGAAAAAAACAGAAAGCAGUUUGAAAUUGAUAGAGAAAAACUGAGACAAUGGGAUUUAAUGUCGAGUGGAUUAAUGAAAGGUGGGUCUGGGCGCGUGCGGGGUGCGGUCGUGGGUAUGAACUUAAACGAAGCUGCAUGUGGUUCCGAUAACAGAAUUGAAAAUGCAAGCAACGAAGGUAUCCACUAAGAUUCAGUGGUCCCGUAAAGAACACUAUCUUCUAUGACGAUGUCAGGUACUAAUUUAGAAACUAACACACAUAAUAAUCAACUUAAUCAGCAACCACUGUCAAAGAAAGCAUAUCUUGGAAGUAAUACAUCAAUUGGACGCAGUAACAGAGAUGGCAAUAUACCAGUAAGG